AUGCGGCGGCGAGCUUUUAAUGGUGACGUCACUGCUGCCUCCACACGUACCCCUCCCCGCCACCGACUUCUCCAUCACCUGUCACCAUCACCUGCCACCAUCACCUGCCACCAUCACCUGCCACCAUCUCCUGCCACCUUAUCCUGCCACCAUCACCUGCCACCUUAUCCUGCCACCAUCACCUGCCACCAUCUCCUGCCACCAUCUCCAUCACCUGCCACCAUCUCCAUCACCUGCCACCAUCUCCAUCACCUGCCACCAUCUCCAUCACCUGCCACCAUCUCCAUCACCUGCCACCAUCUCCAUCACCUGCCACCAUCUCCAUCACCUGCCACAAUCACCUGCCACCAUCUCCAUCACCUGCCACCAUCUUCUGCCACAAUCACCUACCACCAUCACCUGCCACCAUCUUCUGCCACCAUCUCCUGCCACCAUCACCUGCCAUCAUCACCUGCCACCAUCACCUGCCACAAUCACCUGCCACCAUCACCUGCCACCAUCACCUGCCACCAUCUCCAUCACCUGCCACCAUCACCUGCCACCUUCUCCUGCCACCAUCUUCUGCCACCAUCACCUGCCACCAUCUCCAUCACCUGCCACCUUCACCUGCCACAAUCACUUGCCACCAUCUUCUGCCACCAUCACCUGCCACAAUCACCUGCCACCAUCUUCUGCCACCUUCACCUGCCACAAUCACCUGCCACCAUCACCUGGCACAAUCACCUGCCACCAUCACCUGCCACCUUCUCCUGCCACCAUCUUCUGCCACCAUCACCUGCCACCAUCUCCAUCACCUGCCACCUUCACCUGCCACAAUCACCUGCCACCAUCUUCUGCCACAAUCACCUGCCACCAUCUUCUGCCACCAACACCUGCCACAAUCACCUGCCACCAUCUUCUGCCACCAUCACCUGCCACAAUCACCUGCCACCAUCUCCUGCCACAAUCACCUGCCACCAUCACCUGCCACCAUCUCCUGCCACCAUCUCCUGCCACCAUCACCUGCCACCAUCUCCAUCACCUGCCACCAUCUCCAUCACCUGCCACCAUCACCUGCCACCAUCUUCUGCCACCAUCUCCUAA